AUGGGAUCCACCCAGAAGCUGGAUCUGAAGCUGUCCGAGAAAGUGCGCUCGCUACUCCGCCAGGAGGCGGCGUACAUUGUCGGCGGCGUUGAACCCCUACCCAUCUUCCCCGAGCGAGCCCAAGGGGCGAAAAUAUGGGAUGUGGACGGCAAAGAGUAUCUCGAUUUCAUCGUUGGUUUCAGCGCCGCGAACCAGGGCCAUGGCCACCCUUACAUCAUGAAGAAGGUUCGGGAGCAAUAUGAAAAGAUUGCACUGGUCAACAUCUCGGCGCACAACCCUCAAUGGGGCCCGUUCGCGGAGAAGAUGUGCAAAAGAUUCGGCUACGACAAGAUCCUGGCCAUGAUCUCCGGCACCGAAGCCGCCGACACUGCUUGCAAAACGGCCCGCAAGUGGGGUAUCGGAGUCAAAGGCAUCCCGGCAGAGAAGUGCCUGGUCCUGGCAACGGGCAAGUCGUACCAUGGCAUGACUUCGGGCGUGUGGAAUCUUCAGGAUCCGUCCAAGGCGCGCACAGCAUACGGCCUCGAUAGCCAAAUCCACAUGAACAUCAACCCUACCACGGGCGAGCCGUUGACGUACCCAGAGAUCGACCCGAUGCGCCGAUGCAUCGAGGAGCAUCACCAGCGCAUUGCGGCCGUCGUGAUGGAGCCAUAUCACGGCGUCACCAGGGACGUACACGACGAAGGCCGCUAUGCUCGAGCAGUCUACGACUUGUGCAGAAAGUACAACAUCUUGUUCAUUUCGGACGAAGUACGCUCCGGAGCCGGCAAGACGGGAAAGUUCUUCUCAUACAUGCAUCUGGGGGACGACUGCAAGCCCGACAUGGUAACCAUGGGCAAAUCCAUCACCGGCGGCGUCUAUCCGCAGUCUUUUGUCAUGGGCAAGGAGGCAGUCAUGUCGCUCAUCGGCUCUGGGCAGACCGCAUCCACGUUUGCGUAUACGCCAGUUGCCAUCGCAGCAGCCACUGCGGCCAUUGAGACGAUAGACCGCGAGAACCUCAUGGAGCGUGCCGUAGUCCUUGGGGAUCGCUGGGCGUCGACGAUCCGAUCGUGGAACCACCCUCACAUAGACUGGGUGAGCCAGAUCGGUGCCGACUGCAACAUCUUCGUCAAAGGUGUCAGGGCAGAGCGUCUGGGAGCGUUGCUCAUGCACAAAGGCGUGGCCAUCUUCCCCGUACAUCCACGCAUACGCGUAUCCAUCCCGUUCAUCAUGACGGACGAGGAGCUGGACAGGGGACUGGCGAUUCUCAAGGACGCGCUCAACACGGUGGAUCAGUAUGGGAGCAUUGAAGGAGAGUUUUGGCACCAGUAG